UCCACCCGGACACGUGUCACAGAACUCACCUCCACUUCCUGUUUUUGCGCCGUGGAAACAACGUGGAUUCACCACAGUGUAGUGAGAGUGUGUGUGUGUGUGUCCGGAGUCUCUGUCACUGUCCACGAUGCAGAUAUCAAGUGUGAACGAUGUGAAGAUUUAUAACUUGAGUCACGGGAAGUCUCUUCCGGAGUGGCUGUCAGAUCGGAAGAAAAGACAGCUACAAAAGAAAGAUGCAGACAUCCAGCGCAGGAUCGAGCUCAUCCAGGACUUUGAGAUGCCCACAGUGUGCAACUCAAUCAAAGUGUCUAGAGACGGGCAGUUCAUCCUGGCAGUAGGCACUUACAAGCCCAGGGUUCGCUGUUAUGACACCUAUCAUCUGUCCCUGAAGUUUGAACGCUGUCUGGAUUCAGAGGUUUUGGCCUUUGACAUCUUGUCUGAUGACUACUCUAAGUUGGUGUUUUUGCACUGUGACCGCUACGUAGAGAUCCACUCUCAGCAUGGACACUACUACAAGACGCGUAUUCCAAAGUUCGGACGGGACUUUUCUUACCACUACCCUUCCUGUGACCUCUUCUUUGUGGGGACAAGUUCAGAGGUUUUCAGGCUGAAUCUGGAACAAGGGCGCUUUCUCAACUCACUCCAGACUGAUGCUGUGGAGAACAAUGUGUGUGACAUCAACCCCGUCCAUCAUUUGCUUGCCACAGGGACCUCAGAGGGAAGGGUGGAAUGCUGGGACCCUCGUGUGCGGAACAGAGUGGGCAUACUGGACUGUGCACUGAGCAGCCUCACUGAGGGAACAGAAGUUCAAGGUUUGCCUUCAAUCAGCGCUCUGAAGUUUAAUGGCUCCCUCACCAUGGCAGUCGGCACCAGCACAGGACAGGUUCUGCUGUACGACCUGCGCUCCAACCAACCGCUGCUGGUUAAAGACCACUUCUACAACCUGCCAAUUAAGGCGCUCAACUUCCACGAUCAGCUCGACCUGGUUGUGUCUGCUGACUCCAAGAUUAUAAAAUUCUGGAACAAAGACAAUGGCAAGGUGUUCUCCUCCAUACAGCCUCAGGCCAACAUUAAUGAUGUGUGCAUGUAUCCUAAUUCAGGUAUGCUCUUCACUGCCAAUGAAGAUCCCAAGAUGAACACCUUCUACAUCCCGGCUCUGGGCCCUGCACCUCGGUGGUGCUCCUUCCUCGACAACCUGACAGAGGAGCUGGAGGAGAGUCCAGAGAGCACAGUGUACGAUGACUACAAGUUUGUCACCCGCAAGGACCUGGAAAAUCUGGGUUUGUCUCAUCUGGUGGGGUCAUCUCUCCUGAGAGCCUACAUGCACGGCUAUUUCAUGGACAUAAGGCUUUAUCACAAGGUCAAAAGCAUGGCUAAUCCUUUUGCAUACGAGGAGUAUCGCAAGGAUAAGAUCCGCCAGAAGAUUGAGGAGUCCAGGACUCAGAGAGUGCAGGUUACGAAGCUGCCCAAGGUGAACAAGGAGCUGGCUCUCAAGCUUAUGGAGGAGGGUGAUGACGAAGCAGAGCUGGCUUCUAGGAAAAAGAAGGGCAAGGCUAUCCCAAGCAUCCUGGGCGACGACCGCUUCAAGAUGAUGUUCGAAAACCCAGAAUACCAGGUAGACGAGCAGAGCGAGGAGUACCGCCUGCUCAACCCCAUCGUCUCCAAGGUCGGACAGAAGAGGAAGAAGAAGCUGCGUCUACUGGCUCAGCAGGCUGCAGCUUCUGAACAGGCGGCUGAUAAUGAGGAGGAGCCUGAGGGGCGAGCCAGCUCCGAGGAGGAGAGCUCAGACGACGACAAGAGCUGGGUGGAGGAGGUGAGGGAACAGCGGAGGUUGCUGUGGCAGGAGGGCCGAGACCGCCGGCGGCAGGAGAGGAAGGAUGCUGACCGCAACACCGUCUUGCUUGAAAGGGAACAGAACGGAGGAGAGAAAACCUCAAAGAUGGCCGAGAGCAAGAAGACAAGUCAGCCUCAGUUUUAUCAAAUCAAAGCCGGGGAGGAGUUCAGAAGUUUUAACGACAUGGCCCGCAAGCAGAAACUACAGAAGGCUUCUCUGGAGGACCGUCUGAAGCUGGAGGAAAAUUCUGGAACUAGCAAUGUGACCGACACUGCAGUUGGCAGCAAACAAUUAACCUUUACUCUCAAAAAGUCGGAGCAGCAGAGGAAGCAGCUGCAGGCAGAGCGGGAGCACCACGAGGAGAGGAAGAAGCUGCGGCGCUCGGCAGGACACCUGAGCAGCGGCCGGGGAAGAGGCUGGGGCGGCGGCAGGGGAAGAGGUGGGGGAAGAGGAGGGGGAAGAGGAAGAGGCCGCUACUGAGGAGGGAAACAGUCCACUGUCAGAGGCUUCAUCCUGGAUGGACAACAGAGGCAUUCCUUGCAAAAGUCCUCUCAUUAAAAUCAAAGUUUAGUAGUUUCAGCUCUGUUGUGUUGUGUUCAAGUGUUAUGCUCUAUGGACAUUUUGGAGACAUUGUGCACAGAGCAGAGAUAGACAAUGAUGAACGGGUGAGGUUGUCCUGCUCCUGGGUGGUCUGAGCCAUGUGUUUAGCUGCUCUCUGCAAAUUCACAGCACAUUUAAAAAGAUUAGUGAUGUGUCUGUCUUUGUACAUGUAAUUCUUAUGCCAUUAUCCAAAAGUACCUCGACUGCAUAUUUUUUGAGCAGGGUGGACCCCGGAGGAAUUAAAGACACAAGAGCUGAUAGGACUUGACAUGACCUGCCUUUUCUCAGGCAUCUAGUUUCUUACUUCUGCUCCUCAGUGGAGCCUAUUAUUUCAUUUAAUGGACUGGAGAAAAGAUGUGUGUGUAAAAUUACAAUUUUCUUAUUGUAUAUUGUUGAGCCAACAAUGAAUUAGCAAUUGGCACAUUGCUCUUCUGCUUUUUUAAUUGUUGAAAAUCAAAUUGUGCCAAUUUCUAAAAAGUGCUAAAAUUAUGUAGAAUGUUUUAAUACUCAGUCAAAGUAGAAAAUGCUUACUUUGCGGCCGAUUACAACCGACUUGCAUCAGAAGUAAAGGAGAGAUGGAAAAAAUGUGAAAGAGUUAAGGGUUUUUUUUUCUUUUUCCUUCCCCAAGCCAGCAACUGCAGUUCUUGGAAGUCGGACUUCCCAUCCCCCAAUGUGCUGAUGGUGUGCAAACCCCCUCUUCUCCUACAUUGGCGCGUUUCAAAUGGGAGGGAGGUGCGUUUCAGCGCUCAGCAUGCUAAACCGGCCCCCAUGCUCAUUUGAGCUAAUGUGAUGUCCCCUUGCUAUUUCACCAUGUCCCAUCAGUCAGUUUUAGUGACAGUAUGAAUAACUCAUCUCUGAAGAGGAAUAUAACGUAAUUUAACAGAUUGGACACAAAUAUCUUCAUUGUCGUUUGCUGCAAGAGUCUAGCAUGCUAUCAGCACUGUAAGCCUUAAAAUGAAAGUUCAUUGUUUUGGGGAAAAAAAUUAUUUUCUUAAUCUGUAUGGUAAAUUUGAAGCUUGAGCUAGCAGCCUCUUAGCUUAGCAUUAAAACUGGAAAUGGGAAUAAA